UAACGAUUCGAAUUUCGCGCUCAAUUAGUAAUCAGCGCACGCGCAUAACCCCAAUCAAAUGUUAGGUUUAUCAAACAUUUAAUUCAAUUUCGACCGCAGGAAUCGCCUCCCAAGCCGUGAAACCCCAAAAUCGCCUUAGAAUGGUCGACUGCGAGAAGGAAGAAGCUCUAAAUUUGCAAAAGGAAUUUGAAUGGGUUUUGCACCAGGAAGUGCACAAGGGGCUCGAGAAAAUCCACCAGAUACUAGCGGAGUGUGCGGGGAGAUUUCCUGUCCGGUUGUACGGUCAUGACAAUUCAAGUAAACAGGACAAAUUCGUGCUUUCUGUGCCCUCAGAUCAGGUCAAAUGUGUCGUUACGUUGACUGGGGACAGUAUUACGCAUGCUGAUAUUAAUUUUAAAGUUACUAGACAGACAAAUACGACGAUGGUUCGCACAACCAUCCAAAAUGAUUGUCCUUGGAAGUUGCAACAGGUCCAGGAUGCGGCCAAUCAUCUCCAACAGGCCAUAAAUCACAUCGAUGAUGUGGGGAAAAAUUACAAGUUUAAAUCCUCGGACGAGGUCUUACACGUCUUGGGUAACAUUCUGGGGAGUUUGCAAAGGGGGCGCACUAGUCUGAUUGUCCCGCGGAAGCGGGCUAUGGACGACUUAAUGAGGAGUUUAAAUAUGAAAUCCCUAAAUCCCAAUUUAAGCGAAGAUCUGGCCAUUAGCUUCUACAUACAAAGCCAUAAAUUAAUAUUUGCUAUUUAUCAACUGACAAAUAGUCACGGGACCAUGAAAUAUGAUUCCACACAUGCUGAAAGCUCGGUGCCUUGGCUCAACGAGGUACUCGUGUUUUUUACAGUCGGCUUACAGCUAUGCCAGCAACUUAAAGAUAAGAUCUGUGUUUUCUCCCAAUAUAAAGAUUUUACUGUAGGCUCACGUCCAAGUAGUCCUAUUCAGACAUAAUCUCGUGUUUUUCCUAGAUAAUGUUGAUAUUGUCAAUUCCAAAUUGUAUAUAGAUAGACGUCUUUGUUGACGUAAUAUGAAUCUUAUUAACAUUCUAGAGCGUUAUCAAAAUAAAUGUAUUUAUUUAUUAUUAUUUUUUUCUACCGCGUAAUCGGACGAAAAAUGCGUUACUCAUUGGCCAUAGAGCAUGUCGCUUGUACAUUUUUUAAAUAUGACUGUUUCUUUGUGUAAUUUCUAGUUUUAUAAGACAAUAAUUCAGAGUUGCACCUGUAUGUUUGUAAUUGUUGAAGAAGCAAUAAAGUCUUGUUUCAUGUUCA